CUUCUAAGGAACGAUCAAAUAUUCGGUCAGCAUGGGAACCAAAUUGAGAGCCGUUGUUGUCACUCUGUUCCUCUCACUGCUGUUGUUCCCUCUGGUUUUUUCUGCUUCCAAUGAUGGUUUGUAUAGAAUUGGACUGAAAAAGACAAAAUUUGAUCAAAACAACUGGCUUGCUGCCCAGCUUGAUUCUAAGGAAGGGGAGGCAUUGAAGAUCUCUAUAAGGAAGUAUAAAUUCCGAGGUAAUCUAGGGGACUCCAAGGACACCGAUAUUGUCACACUAAAAAACUACAUGGACGCACAGUACUUUGGUGAGAUUGCUAUAGGGACUCCCCCUCAGAAGUUCACUGUAAUCUUUGACACCGGCAGCGCUAACCUGUGGGUGCCAUCAGCAAAAUGUUAUUUCUCGGUUGCUUGUUUUUUUCAUAACAAGUACAAGUCAAGCCAAUCAAAAACUUACAAGAAAGUUGGGAAGCCUGCUGAAAUUCACUAUGGUACUGGAGCUAUAUCAGGAUUCUUUAGCAAAGACAAUGUCAACGUUGGUGACGUAGUCAUCAAGCACCAGGAAUUUAUUGAGGCAACUAGAGAGCCUAGUGUCACAUUUAUGGUGGCUAAGUUUGAUGGUAUCCUGGGGCUUGGAUUUCAAGAGAUCGCAGUUGGAAAUGCUGUUCCAGUGUGGUACGACAUGGUUAAACAGGGUCUGAUUAAGGAGCCUGUGUUUUCAUUUUGGCUCAACCGAAAUGCAGGUGAAGAAGAAGGGGGUGAAAUUGUGUUUGGUGGGGUCGAUCCAAACCACUACAAGGGUAAACACACUUAUGUUCCAGUGACGCAGAAAGGCUAUUGGCAGUUCGACAUGGGCGAUGUUCUCAUCGAUGGUAAACCCACUGGUUACUGUGGUGGUGGCUGUUCUGCAAUUGCAGAUUCUGGAACUUCUCUGUUAGCUGGUCCAACGACUGUGAUCACCAUGAUAAAUCAUGCAAUUGGAGCUUCUGGAGUUGUUAGCCAGCAAUGCAAGAACGUAGUUGAACAAUAUGGGCAGACAAUUAUGGAUUUGCUUUCAGCAGAGGCUCAACCAAAGAAGAUAUGCUCCCAAAUUGGAUUAUGCACCUUUGAUGGAACUCGUGGUGUGAGUAUGGGCAUUGAGAGUGCAGUGGAUGAGAAAGGUGGAAGAUCAGCUGGGCGAAGCGAUGCCAUGUGCAAUGCUUGUGAAAUGACGGUUGUCUGGAUGCAAAACCAGAUCAGACAAAAUCAGACACAGGAGGGUAUUCUGAAAUAUGUCAAUGAGCUUUGCGAUCGACUGCCAAGCCCCAUGGGAGAAUCAGCUGUUGAUUGUGCAAAACUUUCUUCCAUGCCUAGUGUCUCCUUUAUAAUUGGUGGUAAAAAGUUUCAUCUCUCCCCAGAAGAGUACAUACUCAAGGUGGGUGAGGGUGCUGCUGCACAGUGCAUUAGCGGCUUUACUGCUAUUGAUAUUCCUCCUCCUCGUGGACCUCUCUGGAUCUUGGGAGAUGUGUUUAUGGGUCGGUACCAUACUGUAUUUGAUGGUGGCAAUCUGAGAGUUGGAUUUGCAGAAGCCGCAUAAAUGGGUCCUGCACGUAGGGCCUUGGGACCACCUGUUCAUGCUUUUCUUAUGCUCUGCUUGUUCGGAAAAUGUUAAAGAAACCUAAUGUGAAAUCUGAACGUGGGGUGGUGUUUACCAUAAACAUUGGUUGUGAAUAGUCAGGUGUGUUCUCUCGUUACCAAUAUAAGAAAUGUUAGCAACAGUUAAGAGUAUUGGCUUUAUGGAAGUUGUUAUUACUAAUACUUCGUGCGAAUGGUGGCAAAAAGUGUAGUUUUCUCCCCUUUUAUUUAGUGGUGUAGUUGAUAAGUCAUUAGAGGAAGGACUUAGUCUCCAUCCUAAAAAACACAAAAUUGUUUAUAUCUGGAGACUAGGAGAAAAAAAAAAUUAUUUAUGUAAGAUUUCAUCUCUG